AAAGCAACGCGCGUUCUGUGGCGUAUCGCGAUUCCUCGGUAGGGCUUUCUUCCACCCAGAACCCUCGCGGAGGCUGGUGGUCAGUCUUCUACACUUCGCUUCCUGAUCCGCUUCUGGUGGAUCGAAGGAAGAAAGAGAGACAUCUGAGCAAUGAGCAAAUUACAGAGUGAUGUCCUGAGGGAAGCAAUCUCCCAGGUUGUUGGUGAUUCUCGGGAGAAGAAACGGAAAUUCACCGAGACAGUCGAGUUGCAAAUUGGUCUGAAAAAUUAUGAUCCUCAGAAGGACAAGCGUUUUAGUGGGUCUGUAAAGCUUCCUCAUAUUCCUCGCCCUAAAAUGAAAGUAUGCAUGUUGGGAGAUGCUCAACAUGUCGAGGAGGCAGAGAAGAUAGGGCUAGAUUAUAUGGAUGUUGAAAGUUUGAAAAAGAUGAACAAAAAUAAGAAGCUGGUUAAGAAACUUGCUAAAAAGCACCACGCUUUCCUGGCAUCAGAGGCUAUCAUCAAACAGAUUCCUCGUCUUCUUGGCCCUGGUCUGAACAAGGCAGGGAAAUUUCCCACUUUGGUCACUCACCAAGAAUCUUUAGAGUCAAAAGUUAAUGAGACAAAAGCAAUGGUAAAGUUUCAACUCAAGAAAGUUCUUUGCAUGGGUGUUGCAGUGGGUAACUGUGCAAUGGAGGAGAAGCAGAUCUUUCAGAAUGUGCAACUCAGUGUGAAUUUCCUUGUCUCUUUGCUGAAAAAGAACUGGCAAAAUGUGAGAUGCUUGUACCUGAAGAGCACCAUGGGGAAGCCAUACCGAGUGUUCUAAGUUAGCUCCUUUCUCAGGCUGGUGAUCCAUAAAAUCUAAAUUCUACUUUAUCUUCCAUAUUUUGUUCAUUAAGCAAGUAUUGAAGGUCUAGGUUCAUUAAAAGCUCAUGUUCUGUUUGGUGUCAACAUCCAUCAGAAGGUAUUUAUUCUUGUUAUGCUUCUAAUAUUUCGGUGGACAUUUGAGUUUUAUUCAUCUUUUUGUGAACAUUUGCAGCCCUUUUCCCCUCUGUCGGCUCAUUCAAGUGUUUGUGAUUGAAAACUGAAGAACUUUUAAGAGUCGCUCCUUGUUAAUCUUUGUGGUUGAUUCCGGGUGUUCAAUGAAGAUUAGGUUAACCACUUCGUGGUUGUCUCUGUCGAGACAUCACAACGUAGUUAUUUAUGGAAGGAAAUUAGUUUAUAAGAAGUUAAAUUAUAGUUGACCAUUCGUCAAAGGAUCAACUAGAAAUAAGGUGUCCAAAAGCGUUGAUGCAAACGAUUAGCUUUCCAGGAGGCCGAAGCAAAUGUCAAUUUUAGAGAUGUGCGGGUAAAUUGCAGUAACUUUCAGGGAAAAAGAAGGUAAGAAUUUGACAUAUUUUUAAUUAUAUUAAUGUAUUUUACAAAAGGUAAAGUGGGAUCUUGUAAUGAUUAGGUAAGGUUUUUAUUAAUUAAGUUAAUCAGCACUUUCAAAUGCAUUAAUAUUGUAUUGUCUGCUCUAGUUAUAGUGAUAAAUAAAUAAUUUUUCAUGAUGAAACAAAUAAUAAUAUCAAUAAUAAAUCAUUUCUCUGGCCAAAAGCUGCUCUUAUAAUAUGAGAAAACUACUGGCAUCCGAGUCUGCCACGUGGCAUCAUCAUUGAUACUUGUUUUUAUUUGAUGAUUUUUUUAUGACAAGGUGGUGGUCAGUAGUAUUUUCAAGCAUACUGGCAUCUUCGUCCACGUGGCGCCCACGUCGAGAGGACAAGAGAAGUCGUCUCCACUACCAUCACUCCGUGGCGGAGCCCGUCGGAAUCCCUAACCCGCCCAACGCAACCGAACAAGCUUUUCAUACGGGUGCGUCCCGCACGUAGCCAAGUACGGCCGUAGGAAAAGCGUGUCGAUCAAUUCUUCUUACGACUCAGAAACUUCUAUGGCGAAGGGAGAGGUUAGCGGCGGUGUGGGCCACCGAAACGCUUGGUGAUGAUUGGCUGGAUCCCCUCGACCGCGCGCCGUGCGCCGCAUCGAAUCCGAGCUGGAAGAGAUGAGGGGGAUACCCUAUCUGCCGUUUCUCGUCCCUCGGUUGGGGCACUCUUCGAUCGCCCGCUCUCUCGAAGAGGAUUCCUGGAUCUUCCUUCGCCAUCUUCCACCCUCUCUCGAUUUCAUCCUUGGCAGAUGAACGUGCUCCAAGUGCUUAUUUUCUGGUUAUAAAUGCUAUACUUAUUUCUCUGGAGACACAAUGGUGACAAUUGCUCUCCCAUCUUCCUGUAUGCUCAAGAGCAGCUCCAAGGGCUGGCUUUCUUCUGUGUUGAUUAGGAGUCCAUCCUCGCUUAGCUCCUUGAGGUGUAUCACAAAAACAUCAAGCUUAAGGAUGGCCAACCGCUUCAGGGCAUCGGCUAUGGCCGUUUACAAGGUGAAGCUCAUUGGACCAGAGGGGCAGGAGCAUGAAUUUGAUGCUCCAGACGAUGCCUACAUUCUGGACUCAGCUGAGACGGCAGGAGUGGAGCUGCCGUACUCAUGCCGUGCCGGUGCGUGUUCCAGCUGUGCAGGCCAGAUGGUGUCUGGUGCUGUUGAUCAGUCAGAUGGAUCCUUCCUUGAUGAUUCACAGAUUUCAAAGGGUUACAUGCUGACUUGUGUUGCCUAUCCCAUGUCAGAUUGUGUCAUUCAGACACACAAGGAAAGUGAUCUGUACUGAUGGCCGUUGAUCAGUUUGUUGUGCUUCACUCUUCCUCUGGUUUGAACCUUAUCAGACUGUAUUGUGGGUCAGGUUUUUGUUGCGUUCAAGAAUCUGCUGUUUCUUACAAGGAUUUUAAUCUCAAUAGUUUGUUCCCAGCAUCA